UUCACUGUUCUUGUUAGGUUCUCGAUAAGAGAAGCCAUCCUGAUGGACUUUUUACCUAAGGAGCCAAUGGAGGGUAAAAGUUCAGGACCUUCGUGCUCAGGCCUCAAUCUGGUCGCACACCCACGUGCCAAAAGCAAAGUGUGGAAGUACUUUGGCUUUGACACAGAUGCAGAUGGCUGCAUAUUACACUGGAAAAGGAUUUACUGUCGUGUAUGUAUGAGCCAAAUUGCCUACUCCGGAAACACCUCAAACUUGUCAUACCACCUUGAAAAGAACCAUCCCAUAGAGUUCAGUGAGUUUGUGAAAAGCAACACAGAUCAGAUGCGUGAAGCUUUUGCUACGGCAUUUUCUCGGAUAAAGACUGAGCCUACAGUUUCACAGCAGCAGUCCCAGGAAACCUAUUUAAGGCAGAGCUUAGACUCUGAAAACAAACGACACAAUGAUUUGACAGUAGCUAUUAUCAACUUCAUUUGUGAGGGGUUAUAUCCUGUAUGUACAGUUGAAGAGCCUACAUUCAAGAAUUUAAUCGGUAUUGUCGACCCUGGAUAUUCUCCUCCAAGCAAAAGUGACCUCGCAGCCAAAAUGGUUCCUCAAAUGUACUGCCGUACCCAAAAUGUGGUCUUUAAUGAGCUAAGUGGAGUUAUGAAUUGUGGCAUUGCUACAGAUCUGUGGCAAAGCCAAACACAAAACAGAACAUAUAUUUCACUUUCUGUGCAUUCAAUCAAUUACAACAGUGCAUCUGGCUUCUCGGUGACCAACAAAUGCCUUAAAACUUUUGAAGUACAAGAGGACAACAGAGCUGAGAAUAUCACCAGAGCCAUGUAUGAAGCCUUUGUGAAGUGGGGGAUAACUCAUAAAGUCAUUGGGGCUACCACAGAUGGUUCGGUGGAUGUGGUGAAAGCAUGCUCCCUCCUGGAUCUGACAGUGGAAAUGCCCUGCCUUGGACACACAAUCAAUCAUGCAAUGGCUGAAGCCUUCCAGCUGCCACGAGUGAGUGGCUUUUUGGGAUGCUGCCGCAAGCUUGUCGAUCAUUAUAGAGAAUCUGCAAUGUAUACAGUACGAGAAAAGCAGAAGCAACAUGGCCUUGCUCAGUGUACACUCAUCACAGACCAGGACCGGUCAUGGUUUGGUACAUUGGCAAUGCUACAAAGACUGAAAGAGCAACAGGCUGUUAUAAAUAUGACACUUAUAGAGAGUUCUAGUAGCCAUCAUUUCACCUUCAGUGGUUCUGACUGGGCCUUGUUGGAGGGCUUGAUUGAAGUCCUCCAGCCCUUUAAAGUUGUGGCAAACAUGAUCACUUCUUGUAAGUAUCCAACCAUUAGCAUGGUGAGACCUGUCCUUCAUAUGCUGCUGAACACCACCCUCAAAAUUAAGGAAGGGGAUCUCAAAGAGAUCAGCAUGAGCAAAGAGCUCAUCUCCAAGGUCUUGUCAAGCACAUAUUCACAGAAUUCACAGUUAUCUCAAGAGAUCGCAACAUUCCUCAACAUUGCUACAUUUUUGGAUCCUCGUUAUAAGAAACUGCCUUUUCUUUCCACCCAAGAACGCUCCAAAGUUGAGAGUAUUAUUAUUGAAGAGGCCAAAGCAAUCCUUGAGAAGCAGAUUUCGGAGCGAUCGGGCCUUGAUGAUUCUUCUUUGGUGUCUGAUGAGCCACCUUGCAAAAAACAGGGACUUCUGGGUGAAUCUUCUGCCAGCACUUCAGUUCAAGACAACCCUUUGGCUGCCAUAUUUUGCCAGUCAGAUGCAGACCAGAGCCAGGAGGAGCUACAUGCUCAAGUAGUAGAGGAGCUGAGCAACUACAAGUCACAGAGGGUUCUAGGUCUGAAUGAAGACCCUUUGCUUUGGUGGUCGAACCAUGCACCUUUGUUCCCCACACUUCCUAAGGUGCUCCAGAAGUAUUGGUGCGUUCCUGCCACAAGUGUUCCUUGUCAUAGGUUGUUCAGCUCAUCAGGUACUUUUCUUUCUGGGAAAAGAAACCGCAUACCUUCAGCUCUAGUGGAUAUGCAGGUUUUCCUGUAUGAGAACUCUCGGAGCUACUAUGAGCCUGAACCCUGUGAGGAUGAAUUUGAAACUGUUUUGGAAACCAACUCUAGUUUGGCUCAGCACUAAAGUGACUGAGGUUUUAAAGAACUUUAUUUACUUUGCUAAAGGCUGAGGUUCUAAAGGCUGAAAAGCCACUGGUGGCAUAAAGGGACAACGUUUUCAGCCUUUAUAACAUAUGGGACACUUUAGCUUUUAAGUUAACUGCUGUAAACACAUUUCUCCUUUACAGAGCGGAUGUCCUUAUGCAUUCAAAAUCUGCACAGAAACUCUAUUGUAUUAAAAUGAAGUGGAAGGUUACAGAAGAAAGAUUUAUCGUUUAUGUAGCAAUAUUGUGUGUUGUCUUUAUUAUAAAUGUGUCAGCUUUUGUUUGUUUGUUUUGUUUUUUAAAUUUGUGGCCAUUCCCAAAGUCUUGCUUGAUGGUCUCACCUGUACACAUCUUGGUGGGGGAGCGUAGUGCACAAACACACCUCUCCAGGUAAAACAUUUGCUGCCCAUGUGGGCAUGGAAAUUCCACAGUAAGGGCUACAAGCACACUCUGCCAUCCUCUUUUCGUUUAGAGUAAGUAUAGAGUGGAACAGAGUACAGGCCAGGAAACUGGUUCCAGUGCCCAAGCUGUGCACUGAGGUGAGCCUAACUAUCUAGUCGCCGUCACUCGCUUGCUUAGGAUCAGACUCCUUUCCCACCAGUGAAGUGACAAUGCAUGUACCACAAGCCAAUGUUGGAAUGAUUAAUUAUAUCUCUUUAAACUUCAUACAUUUAAACAUGAUAUUAUGUGAUAAGGAAACGUGUAAUUUACUGCUAGGUGAAUUAUUGGUUCAUAAAUAUCUCUUAAGAAAUACCACUAGGGCGAUCAGUUUAGACAGUCUGAAACAACAACAAUGUUUUAUUUGCUGUUAAAUUUAAUUUUCAGUUGCUGUUGAGAUUUAUGUACCAAAACUACAUUGCAAUGGUUAGGAGAAGAUCAUGGUACAGAUUAAAAUAGAAUAUUUUAAACUCAUUAACCAUGUGAAAAUCUUCCGGUUUGUAUGUUGGGGGACGAAUGCCUCGGCAGACUUGCAGAAACCUUUGAUAGUAGUUGGGCGCAUCUUACCUCACCGAUCAGUUGUUGUGACUUCCUAGUAUACUCUGAUGUUUAGUUGUCCUUUUGUCCCCUCAAGUGUCAUUCAGGCUAUGUACUUUGUAAAUACUUGUCCACAUAUUGCAGAACUGACUGAUAAUAAAUGUGAGUAAAGGUU